UGGAUACGGCGUACACCGGAACUAGGAGUUAGUGGUAAAACUAGCAGCUUUCAGCUAAAAAUAUUUGCCUAAAAAUAAAUAUAUACUGUCAGUCUGUCUCCGGCUGUUGUGGACUAAGUGAUUUGUGCCGCAUAGCCCCUCUAAUGUGCUAUUUUAGCAACUAGCUCCACCGACGGAGACCAGGCUGAGGGUCUUGGCGAAUACAACGAGCACGACCUCGAUGAACUUACAGGCAGCGGACAGUCUUACGGGAAGAAGUAUGACCAUUACAGGGGUAAAGCCGUAAUGUGCUGUCGUUGCAUUCCAAAUUAGAAGAAUUGGUCAUCACUAGUUAAACUUAAAGCUGUAAGUAACACAGUAAUGUAUCUGCUUUAGACCCGCUAUAUAUACUGAGCGUCUUCACCUCGGACUGCACUUCCGUGUUGUUGUCUGUUGUCGAGAAUGUACAACCGGAGAUAGGUGAUGUUGUAGUUAUUCAAGCCGUUGUGCACAUGCGUCCACGUUGCAGUCUGACGGGCGGUAUAGCGAUUGAGUACAAUUGGCUGUAUUGCUUGUAAAUACCUUUCUACCCUGGGUUUGUCUUGCCAAUGAAGAGGAAAGCUAAAACUAUGGGUGCAACUCUGAGCUCGGUCUCCAGUCGCAGUGUGCCUCCAGUGACAGCAGCCUCUGCCCCAAGUGAACAUUUCUUCCCUUAUCCGCUGGAGAUCCUUGAGGAAAUCUUCCUGAACCUUCCUCCCCAUGAAGUGGUCUGUCUUUGCCGGUUAGUGUGCCGUCAGUGGAAAGAAGUGGCAGACAGUGAAUCUUUGUGGAGAGAGAGAUGUAGAAGAGAAAGAUAUCAACGUUGUGAUGAGUCCCGAAUACCCGACGACUGGAGGUUGUUUUACUUCAUGUGCAAGAAGAGAAGAAAUCUUCUCAAGAAUCCAAUUGGAGAAAAUAAAAUGAAGGAUUGGCAGAUAUUGAACAAUGGUGGGGAUAAGUGGAAAAUAGAAGGACUUAUGGUGCCACAUCCAAAUAAGAAGGUCCAGAGAAACUUUGUGACCUCCUAUGAUAUGUGCAAAAAGGCACAGAUGAUUGAUUUGGAGAAGGAAGGUUACAACCCAUCGUUUAUGGAUCAGUUCCAGCCAGAUAUCAGAAUAUCUGAUUGGUAUGCACCACGAUGGGAUUGUGCCAGCGAAUAUACGAUCUCUGUGCAGCUGCUAAAUCACAAGAAGGAAGUUGUUGAGCAAUUUAAACCUGACACCAUUUACUUUGAGCAGUGGAAUGAUCAGCAGUGGAAUCAGAUGACCCAUGUGUUCAGGAACUACGGACCAGGAGUGAGAUACAUCCAGUUUAUCCACGGCGGCAAGGACCGCCAGUUCUGGGCGGGAUGGUAUGGAAUUCGCGUUACAGACAGCUGUGUUGAGAUUUGUCCAGCAGUGGACAAGUAGCCUUUCGGGAUUUCCAAUACCUUCUUCCUGCCUUUGUCUGCAAUUGCACAUUAUGAAAUUACAUUUGAUUUGCCCUUUUCUAAUCUGCAGUCAUUUUCCAUAUUGAAGCAUCAUUUCUUCAGGUGAAAAGCUUUGAUUACUGGUUGUUGUGCCAGUAAUGAAAUGUACAUUUUCAUGCCUUCAGCUGAUGUAAAUAUAGCUGUAUGUUAGCAUAACCUGUUCUGGUGCAAUGAGGAUUAUAAUCUGAAGUAGUACUAAAAAGAUGUAACAUUUGUUUUAAUACAUGUGAAACUGAAAUUAUUUAAACACCCACUAAAUUAUGCGCCUUUUUUCAAGUAAAAUCACUGUAAGAGAUCAUUUAAAAAUAUGUGUAACGUUUCCACAUUUAAAAAUGUAAACAUUAUUAGACUAAUACAUAUUUUGUUGACUUGUUGUGUGUCUGAUGUUAUCCCAAACUAUCUAAUCAGCCACUUUUUUGGUGGUGUUCUCUUAUUUGCUUUGUUCACUAACUAGCUGUGUGGGUAGUUGACUCAUUUCGUGUAAGCUAGUAAUUAACAUUACAUUAGAUUAAGGUAUUUUAUUAGAAUAAAAUGACGAGGUGAAUGUAUGCAACUAAACAUAACAUGAAUGAGGCUUAAAUACAUCGCGCGGACUGAGAACAUGAUAGACUUCACAACAAACUAUGUCUUUUGUUGUUUGGAUUGAAGAACUUCUAGCAGCAGAAAUUGAUGUGCAAAUGAAAUGGAUAACAGAAAUGUAUUUUGUCUAAAUGGAAAUGUUAUUGCCACAUUUACUGCACCUGACCGCCAUUUUUAAAAAGAGGUUUGUUAGCAAGGUUUGCACUUCACUUAGAUUUGGAAAAUGCAGCCCUUUCAGUUUCACUGGACAAUCAGGAGCCAAUCGGCUACCUUUAAAUGGUCAGUUGGUUUGUUUAGCUCCUCUGUUCGUUCACUCAGAAAGAUGUCUAAGAUAAGUUUUGUUCUUCUGACUGUAUGGGAGGUUAUUUUGUUGGUUAUUAUGCAAAUGUUAUAUUUGUAUUUUAAUAUUGUGGAUAUGGGAUGAGUAAGUGUUUUAAUGUUGAUGUGUAAAUUGACUGGUCUGGAUGAUAAUAUGUGACUCAGUUCACAUCCCCAUUGCAACUUGAAACAGAUGAUUGAAAGGUCUUUCUUUGCGUUAACAUAUUUGCAACCUAAUUGCUGUUGUGGAACAGUUUGAUAUCAUUGUGAAAGCUCUCAAGUUAGUGCUUGCUACAGAUAGGGAACUCAGUUCUCUGUGAGUCUGGAUGUCCACUUUAUUCUUUAAAAUAUUUAUGGCCAUGCAGCUGAUCUUGGAUUGACUCCGUAAACAAACUCUAUGGGGGGGCUGCACAGUGGCGUAGUGGUUAGCACUUUCGCCUUGCAGCUAGAAGAUCCCUGGUUCGCGUCCCGGCUUUCCCGGGAUCUUUCUGCAUGGAGUUUGCAUGUUCUCCCUGUGCAUGCGUGGGUUUUCUCCGGGUACUCCGGCUUCCUCCCACAGUCCAAAAAUAUGCUGAGGUUAAUUGAUUAUUCUAAAUUGCCCGUAGGUAUGAAUGUGAGAGUGAUUGUUUGUCUGUAUAUGUAGCCCUGCGACAGACUGGUGACCUGUCUAGGGUGUCCCCUGCCUUCGCCCGAGUCAGCUGGGAUAGGCUCCAGCUCCCCCCCGCGACCCUAGUGAGGAUUAAGCGGUGUAUAGAUAAUGGAUGGAUGGAUGGACAAACUCUAUGGGACUGUGUAAGCAAUUGUAUUGCUGUCUAUUAUAGUUUAUUACAAUGCUAUUUCUUUUUUUAUUGUUCUUAUAAUUUUUGCUCCAGAAACCACAUGCACUCUAAGUCUGUACAGCCUUCUAGUAAAGUAGGCGAAAUCUUUGAA